GAAUGUUUACGAAGGACUCCCCGGCUCUGCACUUUUCUAAUAAGAGCUCAGUUCCGCGCGACUCACCAAGUAGCUAAUAAUGUGAAAAUAGCCUCAUCGAAAGACAAUGCAGCAUCAGCGUCGAAUUUUGACGUCGCUCGUCGCGAUCCACAACCCGACAAGGAUGACCCACACCAAUCCCCUCGGUCCCUCCCGAGGUAAACCAGCUCCUCCUUGGGCGGUAGAGAAACUCUUGAUGGAAGGUCACACCAGAGACCAGAUCAUGAGCGACUGGGAAGCUCUAGUGAGAAAGCCUCACUCCUCAUUUGACAGAAUUGAUCGGUUCUUGCGAGCUCUACGACGAGACUAUGACCUUUCGUAUUCAGGCAUCAAAGAAAUGUUCGCGCAGAAAAGAUUGGCUCGAUUCAGGGAAGAUCAAAACUACCAUCCACUGGCGGACGGAGGGACCGGGCCCGAUAUCGCGGCGGCGAAAUUUCUAAUGCUUCGAUCAGCGGCUGUCAAGUUUAGGAAUAUCGAUGAUUGGAUGACCGGCGAGGACAAAGCGUUGACGCUUCCCACAAAAUAUCAUCCGGGUUUUAUAAUCGAAGCAAUAGAUCUAAGAGAUUUCCAAAUCCUCCACCGGGGCUUCGAGCACUUCGCUCGGUGCGGUGACCUGAAGUCUCUGAAGAUGGUGAAGCAGAAAUACGUUGAUGACUUCUGCUUGGAUUCUGUAUCGGGAAUGUUCAAUUUGAGUCUCCAGUAUCUCGACGUGUCCGGAUGUGAGCUCGUCACAGAGAAAGGACUCGCGUGUCUUCACCGCUGCAAAAACCUUAAAUUGCUCAACGCGUACAAUUUGCCCGGGGUCAAGCAUCCUGAGCUCCUAGCUAUCCUUCUCGAGGAAUCCUCGCCUGCUCUUGAAAUCCGAGCGGAUGUGGUUCGCUAUAAAACUCGGUCCCGCACCGAGGUCCGAGUCACUUCUCCAGAUGGAUUUAUUGUGCGCCGGUGGACAUGA